CUUUUCCUUCUAUCGGACGUUUCUUCUCGUUCGCUAUUGUUUCGUUUCUCUCUGCUCCCAACUUUUUGGGGGUUUCUUAUUUCCAGAAGAGAGAAGCCAUCAGAUCGCCGUUGUGACUGGUGGUCGAUUUCCGCCGCUCCAGCAGAUCUCGACAUAUUUCAUUCGCAGUGCAAGUUAUAUUUUUCUGAAAUUUGAAGUAAAAGACAUUUCAAUUCGGAAUGCCGUUCAAAUGUCCAAGGAUAAAGAAGCGGUUAACAUCCGCGAUUUUACUGCUGGUGGUGUUGGCGGUCGCAGGGAGCAACACAACGGAAUCGGGAAGGAUUCGUAAUUUGGUGAGGAUUGGGCACGCCCGGAAUAACAGCACUGUGACGACGACGACGACGUCAACAGAGUCAUCGUUCAUGACACCAUCGGCGCUGGUCGCCGCCGAAUCGCUGCAGGUCCAGCGACAAGCUUUCCUUUCCGUUAUUCUGUCGUACUUGGCGCGGCCGGAAGAGAAUCCAGACGCGCUCGAGGGCCGCGAUUUGUCCAACAGCGGCGAGGGGAAAACCAUCAAGUCGGACGAAGUGACGGAUGAAAAUAACAACCUGACUGCUGGCCAGUCGUGGUCACGCUUCGCCGACUCUCACAUCCAUCUUAGGGUGUUGCGGAGCACGGCCCAAGAGCACCACCAACCGGAAGGCAGAGCUUUAUUCUUCCGUCGAAAAGAGCCAGCGGCCCAUCCAUCAUCGGCCAUCAGUCGCCGUAAUAAUAAUCCAAGGCGCCAAUUUCAAAUUCCAGGGGGUAGUCCUCCGUCGACUGCUCUGGCUUCUCCGGUUUCUUCCGCCGAACUGGCCCAGCUCCUGCGAGAUAACCUGACCCGCCAAAGAAGGAGAAAUCAAUUAGUUAAUGGCGAGGCUGAGGAAACGUCGGCCACCAUCGAAGUCGUCCAAACCCGAACGCCUUUCGUCAUCACCAACGGAGAAAUGAUUAUGAACGACUUACCCAUGGUUGAGCGGCGCAGCAUUCCUCAAUUCGGUGGCAUGGUGAUCCUCUACACUCGCGCCAGUCCUCUGCGUCUACUUUACUACGGAAAUUGGUGCGGAUCUGGUGGUAUGGGACCGGCGCUAGACAACAUUGACCAAUGCUGCAUGACUCACGAUAAAUGUUACGGUGACGUGGAAAGACUUCCGUGCAAAGGCAUUUUCCAGACUCCAUAUUCAGUUCACUAUGCUUGGCGAUGGGUAGAGGACCGGAAACAAGCUUACUGCCUCAGAACAGGUGACAGGUGCGCCGACAUGACUUGCGAAUGCGAUCGGAUUGCAGCCUCCUGUUUCGCCAAACACAUGAUCAACGCCAAACUGAAGGGAAACCGAUUACGCAAGCACCGCAAUCGAAUCAAACAUCCGAUUCUGCGCGGCCAAUGAGCACCACCUAUGCCUUAAUAAUCAACUGUUCAAGAAACAAUCAUAAAUAAUAAAAUAAUCUGCCGCCCUUCUACCCACUUGUUUCCGCCCCGGAUUUCGUCGCCCAAACCACUCUUUAACCAUUACCACUCGACUCAAAUUGUUUUCUCAGUUCAAUUCCAAGAGAAUGGAACAUAUACACUUAUUUUGUCAACGGGAGACGAACAGAAAAUACAAGACACAAAAACUGAAA